AUAGAGAGAGAAAAAGAAAAAAGAAUUGAAGGGGGGAGUGAGUGUAGCGGAUAAGCAGAGGAUAGGAAUCCCAAAAUUCACAAACACAAAACACAAUCAAACCGUCGAGGAAAAUGGCUUCAAUCUCCACCUUCCCCGCCCUUCACCUUCCAUUUCCAAAUUCAUCCCCCGUUCCCAGGCGUUCCUUCUCUCUUCCUUCCUCCACUAACUUCACUCUCUCUGCCGCCUCCUUCAGACAUUCUCCGGUUCAGGGCCGGAGCCUGCCACGCUUCCUGAAACAAGUCAGGGCAGUUGAAGAGGAUGCCUCUGUUCCCGAGCUAGGAGUUGAAACCGAAGCGUCGUCGCCUUCUCCAUCUGACCCGCCUGCCGUCACCGUGCCCGUCUCCCCCUCUGAUGUUCUCACCAUGUUCUUUCAGGCAGAGGGGACGCUAAAUGAAUCAGCUAUUCCUUCUGUAACUGAGGCUUUGGAGCAAACGGAGGGUAUCACCGGGUUGAAAGUCCAAGUCAAUGAGGGCAUUGCAUCAGUUGUGCUUACAAAACAAACAACAAUACAAUCUACAGGAGUGGCCUCGAGUUUGAUCGAGACCAUUCAAGGUGCAGGUUUUAAGUUACAAACGUUGAAUUUGAGUUUUGAGGAUGAGGAAGAAGUUUUUGUUUAGGUACUCUUGAUUUUGAAGUGUAAGAAUUGGAGAGAGGGAAAGAGAGAAAAUUAUGGAGAUAGAUAAGAUAAGGAAAGCUUAACUAAGAGCUCCAUUAAUCAUUUCAUGGAAGAUAGGACAAUGCAGAUGGUGAAAACCUAUCAUUACCAAAAUGCCCUCAAAGUGCUUAAAUGUAUCAGGUUUGAUGAGAUUAA